AAAGAAAUAGAUUGUAUGAAAGAUGAUAAAAAUGGUGAACGAACUUUCUAUUUAGUUGGUACACCUCAAUUUUUGAGAUGGCUCGAAGAAUGGACUCAACAAUUUUGCGAAAAAUAUAACUCAUAUUUUGGAGAUAUAGAAACGAACUGUACCGGUAGUAGUACUUCUAUUGAUUGUGGUGGUGAUGAUUUGUGUAAAAAGGCUUGCACAAAAUAUAAUGAUUGGAUCACUUCAAAAAGAAAAGAAUGGGAUGGUAUGAAAAACUAUUAUGCGAAAAUAUUACGAAUAGGAAAAAGUAGUAAUCAAUCCCCUGACGGAACGGACUAUCAUGCAAUCAGUCAACGUACAGCUAUUGAUUAUUUGAACCAAAAAUGUAAAACUGCAAUAAAUGGAACAGAUAAAUGUUGUUUCUGCCAAAAUAUUGGUAAAGACAGUAUGUCGUCUCCUACGCCACAAAAUAGUAGUAAUAAUGAUAAAACACUAGAUCAUAUAGACUCUGUUAUGUUGAAACGUGAUGAAAAAUAUAAAAAUUAUAAGUCCCCAUGUACCGUCUGUUACAUUCAACAUAUCAAGGAUCAAAUAAAAGCUAUUGAAACAAUUUUGGAUAAAAAACGAUCAAAAGAAGAUGAAGAAGCAAAACGACAAUACGGAUUCAGUUGUGAAAAUAGUGGAAAACAUGUUAAUGAUGCUAAAUUGUGCGAGAAAUUAGAUUAUAGUGGAAAAGAUGAGUUGGCACACAAAUUAAAAGUUCCUUUUAAUCCUGAUGAAAAAGAUCCCAAAAAAAAUAAAGAAAACGAUACUAUAAAUUGUGGAGGCAUACCUAGUGAUAAAAAAGAUAUUAUAUGGGUAGGAAUAGAUCAUUAUAAUUGGUUACCAAAUUUGGACAAAAAUAUCUAUGUUUCACCUCGACGACAAAAAUUAUGUUAUUAUGGCCUAGAUGGUUCAAAAAAUAAUCACGAAUUGAAAUACAAAUUAUCUAGAGCUGCAGCCAAUGAAGGAUAUAAUCUAGGUAUUAAAUAUAAUGAUUACAAAAACCAUUAUGGUGUAGAACCUUGUAAAGCAUUGGAAUAUAGUUUUUAUGAUUAUAAACAUAUAAUUAUGGGUACUGAUAAUUUAGAGGAGGAAAAUAAUGGCACAAACACUUCAAUAAAAGAAUCUCUAAAAAACUAUAAUGCAUCUAAUGGUAAGUCACCUGACGACAAAGAAAACAGAAAAAAAUUUUGGGAUGACAACAAAGAUUGUUUGUGGAGAAUUAUGAAAUGCGGUUAUAAAAAAGCCAAAGAAAAAAGUGGAGAUCAAACCAAUCAUAUUAGCGACUGUGGAAAUACGCCAACUACCUUUGAUGAUACACCACAGUUUUUGGUAUGGUUCACCGAAUGGUCUGAAGAUUAUUGUUCUAAACAACGAACGCAAAAAAACAAAUUAGAAAGUGCUUGUAAAAAUUAUAUGUGUAAUGAUUCUAAUAAUUUUACAUAUAAAACAAAAUGUAAAAACGCAUGUAAUGAGUAUAAACAAUUUAUUCAAGAAUACCAAAAACAAUACAUGAAUCAAAAAACAAAAUUUGACAAUGAAAAGAAAAAAAAAUCUGGCUAUGACGGUCUACAAAAUAAAGAUGCAUAUGAAUUUUUUAAAAUUAAAUGCUCUAAUAAAAAAUGCAAUUGCAUAUAUGAAGAUGUAAAAUCUAAAACUGAAGAUGGAAUAAAAAAUUUUCAAGAAUACCCUCCUGGAUUUAAAGAAAAGUGUGAAUGUUCUAUAGAAGAAUGUGCUGGUUUAAGUGUAACCGAUAGCAGUUUUCCUGAUGGAGCAGCAUUCGGAGGAGGUUAUCCAAGAUCCAUAUGUCCUACAAGGCAAGGAAAUGGUAAUAAUUGUCCUGCAAAAGAAACUUGUAUUAAUUACAAUAACAAAAUUAAUGUAUGUACUAGCAAAACAUAUAGGAAUAAUGAUUCAUGGUAUAAAAUGGAUAUAAAAGAAAAUAAUACAAAUAAUAAUAAUAAAAAUAUUCAUAACAAUAAUAAUGAUAAUGAAUUUCUUGUGGUUCCUCCUAGAACAAAACAAAUAUGUCUACAACAUCUUACAAGAAAUAUGAGUCGUAUAAAAAAUGAAGAAGAAUUUAAAGAGCAUAUUCUUAUUUUAGCAUCUUCAGAAGCUAAAAUGUUAAGUGAAUUAUAUUCUACAGAACUUGAUAAAGCAUUUCAAGCAAUAAAAUACAGUUUUGCUGAUAUAGGAAAUAUCAUAAAGGGAGAUGAUAUUCUGGGGAAGG